AUGCUCGAUUCCGCCAUACUCUACUCAAGCACACAUCCUGAUAUACAUCAUACACAUGCACAUGCACAGUACUGCGGAGAGUUUGACGCAAUGGCCUUCUGCAUGAUCUCCGACUGGGCACUGGACACAGCCGCAACGGGCGAGAAGUACGGGAUGGACCCACUGACGAUGAUCUUUGCGGGUGUCUUCUACUUUGCAGUGCCUGUUAUACUUACACUCAACUUCAUGGGUGUGUACUACGGAGGAGAUAUGAAACCCGGGAACGUAGGGGUGAACACGCGCACAGACAUCAGACAGAAGAAGAUGAAUUGA